AGGAGUAUGGACAAAAAUAAGUAAUCGCUGCACCAAAUAAUUCCGCCUUGGCACACUCAACUGUCGAAGUGCUUCACUGCAGAGCUCUCUCUCUCUCUCUCUCUCACGGCAAUAAUUUGCCCUCUCUCUCACGCACACACAAACACUGCCCUUGAUUUCAGCUGAGGAAAAGCCUUCCUUUCCCGUUGAUCUGUAUAGCUGGUCGCUACAAUCGCUACAGAUUGUGGAGAGGGGGCAAAACCAAAUAUUUGUCCCGAAAGCUCUUUCAGACUGAUUUUGAACUUAUUAAGGGCAUUCCAUUGGACAACGCAGAAAAUUGAAUGGGCUAAUGGUGAAGUUGCGAUCCAUCCAAAAGAAAUAAUUUCUUAAGACGUAGAAAUUGAGAUCUCCUUCUUCAAGAGCUUGGUGCCUUUUCUUUGCAUGUUUCUAUAGUUUUGCAAAAGUUACACCUAAAAGUUGUUCUGGGAGGAUUCUUGAUUUCUGCCAUAUAUAUAUCAGAGAACAGCAUCGAUGUGAUUAGGGAAUUUGCAGAAUGAAGUUGUUCUGGAUCCUCUAUGUGGCUUCUAUACAUAUCUUUCUAAGAACAGCACUAGCUCAAGAGAAGGGUCCACUGUUUAUAAACUGCGGUUCAGAUUCAGUAUUUGCUGCUGAAGGAAGGAAAUGGGUUGGAGAUUCUGUGUCUAGAACUGGUUUGAGCCCCAGUUUUAUUGGGAUUAUUGCAUAUACUUCUGCAAUCACUGUUGAUGAAGGAUAUAGAAGUCUGUACAAGACAGCCCGGAUUUUCAACUCUUCAUCACACUAUAACUUCACCAUUGUACCAGGAAGCUAUUGCAUUAGGCUCCAUUUCCAUCCUUUUAUAUUUGAGAGCUUCAAUGUGAAUGAUUCCACAUUCGAUGUGAUGGCGAAUGAUCUGAAGUUGGUUUCCAAGUUCAGUGUAAUUAGAGAGAUAUCUUUGAAGAACUUGAUGAGCAAUUCAAGUGCCACCUCUCUAGUAAAAGAGUACUUUCUCAAUGUGAGCUCGAACGAAAUAAUGAUUGACUUUGUGCCCAACUCAGGAUCAUUUGCUUUUGUGAAUGCAAUUGAAGUCAUUCCUGUUCCUGCUGGCCUGUUCAUUGAUGUUGUGAACAAAGUAGGCGAUGUUGGCUUCAAGGGACUUGGUGGCCAAGGCAUUGAGACAAUUUAUAGAUUGAAUGUAGGAGGUCUUGAAAUUGAUUCAAGUAAAGAUAAAUUAUUGUGGAGGAAAUGGGAAACUGAUGAAAGCUACAUGUUCUCAUUGAAUGCUGCGAGCACCCUAGCCAACCAUUCUAACAUAAGCUAUGUUUCUUCUUCUGAUUCAUUUGCUGCACCUCUUCUGGUUUAUGAGACAGCAAGGAUUAUGAUCGACAAUGAGGUAAUCGAAAAGCGAUUCAAUAUGUCAUGGAGAUUUGAAGUAGACCCUAACUUUGACUACUUAGUGAGGCUGCAUUUCUGCGAGCUAACUUAUAAUACGCGAAGCGAGAGGGUCUUCAGAAUCUACAUCAACAACCAAACAGCAGCUGAUAACUAUGAUGUAUUUGUAAAAGCUGGAGGGAUGAACAAAGCUUACCAUGAAGACUACGUCGUCGGAGUCUCACAUCAAACAGACACUCUUUGGCUUCAGUUAGGACCCGACACGUUAACUGGUAUUCCAAGCAGUGAUGCUCUUCUCAAUGGGUUGGAGAUCUUCAAGCUUAGCCAUAAUGGAAAUCUUGCUCUUGGUCCUGAGAGAAUUGAUGGUUUUGGUGAAGGGGCAGCUAGUAAAAAACAUAAGAGUAAGAGUAUUUUGGCUGCAAUCGGAGUUGGUUCUGUAUCUUUACUUGCCAUAUCAGUGUCAUCUGCUGCUUUAUUUGUUUUCAUUUGGAGAAAUAAGAGGAUGAGUUCAAUGAAGCAAGAUAAUCCUCCUGGUUGGCAUCCUCUUUACCUUCAUGACACAGUAGGAAGUACAGGAAAUUCCAAGUUAAGAAAGUCACCUUUGAUUAAUACUGGCUCAACAAAUUCUAAUAGAAUUGGAAGAAGGUUCAGCUUAGGGGAAAUUCGAACCGCAACUCGAAACUUUGAUGAUGCAUUAGUCAUUGGAAGUGGGGGCUUUGGCAAGGUCUACAAGGGUGAGAUUGAGGAAAGAAACCUCAUAGCAGUCAAGCGGGCACACCCUUCAUCCAAUCAAGGGCUUGCUGAAUUUGAGACUGAGAUUGAGAUGCUUUCAAAACUCCGUCAUAGGCAUCUUGUCUCUAUGAUUGGAUACUGUGAGGAUGAGAAUGAAAUGAUCUUAGUCUACGAGUACAUGGCAAAUGGAACUCUUAGAAGCCAUUUAUAUGGAAGUAACCUUCCGCCUCUUUCAUGGAAACAGAGGGUGGAUGCUUGCAUUGGUGCUGCUCGUGGUCUUCAUUACCUUCAUACAGGAGCAGAAAGAGGCAUAAUUCACAGAGAUGUCAAGACAACAAAUAUCUUAUUGGAUGAGAAUCUUGUCGCGAAAAUCGCAGACUUUGGACUGUCUAAAACCGGCCCAGCAUUGGAUCACACUCAUGUGAGCACUGCAGUGAAAGGGAGCUUUGGUUACCUCGAUCCUGAGUACUAUAGGAGGCAGCAACUGACUCAAAAGUCUGAUGUCUAUUCUUUUGGAGUGGUGCUGUUUGAGGUUGUCUGUGCUCGACCUGUCGUGAACCCCGAGCUUCCGAAAGAUCAAAUUAACCUUGCAGAAUGGGCUGUGCGGUGGCAGCGCCAAAGAUCGAUUGAAACCAUCGUCGACCCUCGGUUGGAGGGGGACUUCUCGUUGGAGUCUUUGAAGAAGUUUGGAGAGAUUGCAGAGAAAUGCCUUUGUGAUGAAGGUAAGAACAGACCUACCAUAGGGGAAGUCUUGUGGCACUUGGAGUAUGCUCUACAGCUCAAUGAAGCUUAUAUGCAAUGCAGGGGUGACAACACCUUUACUAAAAAUGAGUUAAAGUUUGCUGAUUUGAGCUUUAGUCUCCCAUGUAUUGAUAUGGUUGAAAAUGAGCCUUUGCAGAAUAUCAGUGGAGAGACUAGCAGCAACCUGCUGGGGAGGUAAGUGCAAUGCUCCUUGCCUUAUUAUUUGUAAAACCCUUAUGCAAAGGAUUUUGCAGAGUCCUGGCAAUAGAAAUCAAAAACUGAACUUGUUUACCCUAAGCUCCAAAUUGUGAAAAUUUUAUCUCGUUGGUAAAUGUUGUCUUUUACUGUUCUGAUUUUUUAUUUAUGUUCACAGUUGUCUAUUCUGAAUUAUUGGUAAGACGUUUUUCUCAUAUUUGACUUUAAAGGGCCCACA